AUGAAGUUGAAAGAUCCAUUUUAUUUUCUUGUGAUAUCAUUAACCGUCAUAUUCCUACUUGCAAUUUACUUGUCGGAGAGGUUGAGAGUAAACGUUGAACCAUUUGGAGGAAAGAAUCCAAUUCUUUCGGACAUCCUUGAAGACGCAAAUCUUUCGAAUUCAGAUUGCACAGCUCAGGAUGACAACGGCGAGACACGCUACCUUGCGUAUCUCCCGCACGGUACUUUCCACGAGCAACGUACGAGUCUCGAGAAUGCGAUAUUUUUAGCCUGGGCAACAAAUCGUACUUUACUGUUGCCCCCAAUAAUCUUUGGGCGAAAAAUCCUGGCAUAUGAACCUUCUUAUUAUUUAUAUAAAGAUCUGAUCACUCUAAAAUUGUAUGAUGAAAACAACAACCAGUGUGUCUGGGAUUCGGAACACGAAAAGUGCGCAAGACAAGUUCAACCCGAACUACACACUCUUGUGGAUUGGGAAGUUUUGAUGGACAUGGAAUUUCCAAAAAAACACAUUCGAUCAGUUCCGAGGGAGAGCUUUAAAUUCUCCAGUCUAUACUCUACUAUCGAUCUCACCGAUCCCAACAAUCAAAUCUACUUCAUUUCUGACAAAGGACCGUAUGACUACCAAUUUUACGACGAUGUCAAUGGGAACAAAACAUCUGAAAGCAAGUAUGAAUACAUGAUUCAUCUGUGCACUAUUCAAAAACGAAAUGAACCUCUCCUGCAUUUUGGAUCUUUGUCCGGGGUUGAUCGACUCAACUUGAAAUUAGAACGCAACAAAAGAUUUCUGAAAGAGCUUCAAGGGCACAUGUUGAUUAGUCACCCGGGAGUACUAAAUGCGGCAGAAUUAAUUACCACACAAUUAGGUGGUCUCACUAGUUACCUGGGCGUACACAUUGGUUCAUCGGAUUACACGUCCAAUGAUAGAGUGGAAUUUAUGGUAAAUAAUUUAAUCAAGGAGAUAAUGGGAAAGUUGACAAACGCGUCGCCGUCAGAAUCGAAUAAUGAUACCUUGUCCGCCCGAGACUCUUCCUUUCAGCCGACUUCAACGCAAGUCUUGGCGUCAAAUUGCAUGGAAUCGCUCCCACCGGAGAAAAAGCAUCUUCCGAUAAUAUACCUUUCAACAAAUUUAACCAGAUCAGAUCAUGGUUUAUCGAAAUUCCUUGAGGAAUUUCCUUGCGUAUUUAUGCUGCCCGAUUUUCAAAGAUGGACUGAGUCACUGAAGAAUAUUGUAAACCCUAGGGAUGACGUUGAUAUAUAUGAGUUUCUUUUGCCACUGGUUGACACUACUGUGGUGGCAGGAGGUGGACAGCUUUUUGAAACAGAAGAUGACGCGUUCAAUAGUUAUGUGCAAAGGUUACACGAGAUUUGGAUGUAA